GGACUGGAACUGAAAACACAGAGAAGGUCUGGAACUGUUUGUUGUCUUAACUCUGUCACUUGUUUCCAGGACUCUAAUGGGUAACUCCAAUGCCGGCCAGCUGCAGACCACACGUUUUGAGGAGGUUCUUCACAACUCCAUCGAGGCAUCGCUUCGGUCAAACAUCGUCAUUCCCAGACCCGUCUUCUCACAGCUGUACCUGGAGACGGAGCGGCCGCUGACCAACGAUGGCCGUACAGAAAACGAUGAUGAAGACGAUGAAGACGGCUCAGAGUCCAACAGCCCCACAAUACCCUACCAGAUGAAACCCACGCCCGAGGGCUGCUGCACCACAGACGGCUUCUGUCAGGAGGGAAGGGACCUGCGUCUGUCUUCGCUGUCAGCUGACUCACUGGACGUCCCCCCCGGGUUUGUGUUGGUGGGUGUGAAGUCAUCCUCCCUCCCUGAGACCCUGCUGGUCUGUGCCGUGGACCACCGCUUCCUGCCCGAUGAGCAGGGUCAUAACGCACUCCUGGGCUUUUCAGGGAACUGCAUGGGCUGUGGAGAGAAAGGCUUCAGGUACUUCACAGAGUUUUCUCAGCAUAUCAACCUGAAGCUCAGCACACAGCCAAAGAAACAGAAGCACUUAAAGUACCACCUGUACCGGAACAACCAGGGAGUCCUUGUGAAAGGCGCCCCCAUCUGCUGGAGGGGUCACGAUGGUCAGAUGAGACGGACCAGCUCCACCCUCAAGGAAAGCCACGUGACAUCAGAGGAACAGACACAGAACCUGGCAGCACAUGUCCAGGGCGUCUGCACAGUGGAAUCACGUGUGGACCCUGCUGCUCCACAUGUCCAAACCAAACUCCCUCAGUCACUGACUAAUGGAAACCACACUGCUCCGGCCGUCACUCAGCCUCCUCUUCAUCAGUCAGGUCCUGGGAGAGCCACAGUUCCAGGGAUUCAUGUAAACGCUGGACCCCCCAAGAAGAGGCACAAGGGCUGGUCACCUGAGACAGCUGCAAACAGCCAAUCAGAGAGCACAUUGAAGAUGCCCCCAGGCUCAUCAUCCUCAGGAGUGAUACCUUCAGGUGGCAUAAAUGGAACUCGCUCAGAUUGUGCAGCGCUGCCAAAGCCAUCUCAGAGUUUGACCACGCCUCCUCCACCCCUGGGGCUGUCUGUCACAGUGCCUGAUCAACUGCUACACACCUGCAGACUCCAGCCUGUCAUCUUCAAAGGCCACGGCCCGCUGCCUCCACUGACUGGUAAUGUCAGUGAAGUACUGGUGAGUACUCUGCUGCAGAGCUGUUACCUGAGCUCUCAGGCCCUGCCCAGAGUCUACCAACAUUAUGGACCUUCACCCAUCCAGCCUCUGUCCACUGAGAUGCAGAUUCUGCUCACAGUCUACUACCUGGUUCAGCUCGGCCCUGAACAAGUGCCACUGAUUGAAGACUUGGAGCGGAUCUUCAUGAGGUCGUGGAGAGAGUCUCACCUCAGUGAGAUCAGACAGUACCAGCAGCCUCAGGCAGCUACCCCGGGCAGACACUACAUCAUAGAGACAUCAUCCAGUCUACCUGGGCUGCCCCAGAACCUCUACCUACCUAACUUGAGCCAGCAGCCUCUCACCCCCAGCCAGCUCCCCUGGCUGGCUCAGCUGGCUGCAUCGUCCUGUGGAGAGGCGGUGGUGGUGCUGGGGGAGCAGGUCAGGUCAUUGGCUCAAGGCCUGCAGCAAACCUUAGACCAGCUGAUGGAAGGACAACUGCAAAACACCAAGUAUGUGGUCAUCAUUGUGGUACUGGGACAGGAGACCCAGUCUUGCGUUGUGGUCACAGGUAAACGUCAGUGUCGUGCCUUGGCAGAGAGCAUGCUCUCACCCAGUGAGAGCCUGAGAGAAGUCAACCAACAGCUCACCACUGGAGGCGCCCAAGAGCUCAUCCACCACUGCAACUCAUUGGGCCAAGAUGGCCAUAUGGACUCCAUACUGGACAGUGCCACAGUAGACGGCGGUGAAACUUCACCUCAGCUAACAGGUCAGGAACCUUCUGAGGACAGGGGUCUGAAGAGCACAUCUAAUAGUCCUAAGGAAAGAGCUCCAAGUCCAAAAGACACGUGUUCAGAAUAUUCCGUGGAGUGGUGUGAGGUCCGUCCGAUCCAGCUGGCAGUGGCCAGAAAGCUGCUCUCUCAUGUUUGUGCUAUAGCAGACUCCAGCACCCAGAACCUGGACCUGGGCUCUUUUGACAGAGUCAGCUUCCUCAUCCUGGUCCCGCCCUCAGAGGUCACAUUUCAGCAGACCCUCCUCCACCUCAGGAGCUCUGGUGUCCUUCAGGACUUCGGGGGUCUUGACCAGAAGUGCAGGUCUCCACAGAAGGCAGAGCAUUAUGUGGUGAAGGUGGACCAGGCUGCACAGGUCAGAAUUGACAGCUUCAUUCAGGAAGCUCAGAGCAACACCUACACCCUGUACAUCUUAGUCCACGACCACGCCCACUGGGACAUCAGAAGUGCGUCUUACAGCAGCUCAGACCCAGGCCUCGGUCUGGUGGACCAGCUGUUGAACUCCCGGCAGGUCACAGAUGCUCAGAACAUCCUGAUCCUCCACGUCACCUCCUUCCCCUUCGCUCUUCAGACACAGCACACUCGAAUCAGCCCCUACAACGAGAUCCACUGGCCCUCCGCCUUCAGCAAUGAUGUGGACCUGUACCACGAGAAAACUCGGUACUUUGGUGUGUCGGAGCUGUUGGAGUCCACACGGUCAGGAAGCAGCCUACCUCUGAUGCGACAUGACUCCUCCUUUGAGAGCAUGACCUCUGCCCUGGAAGAGAGGUUCCCUAAGCUGCACAGCGCUGUGAUCCGAACCACAGUCUUGAUCCAGCACUACUGCGUGGCGCUGAUGGCUGCGUCCUGCAGAAUCGGAAGCUGCCACAAUCUGCACAAACACACCUCAGUGGAGACCCUGGAGAUCGUUCAGUCUCUGAUCACUGCCCCCCAGCAAUGUCCCGCGGGCCAUGGUCACAUGGUGCUCCUGCGGAUCCCCUCCUUGGCUCUGGCUGCCUGGGCCCAUCGGAAACUGUCCCGUGUGAGGAGACAGCUCGGUCUGGAGGAGAGUUUUGAGAUCAUCCUUGGGAACCCAAACAAAGCCCUGAGUAUCGGGCAGAGCUUCAUUAAACAAAUCAAGAUGUGGCUGCAGAUCCAGGAUUCUGACUGGGUUCCUCAUACCUACCUGGAGCUGGAGGCUCUUCCAUGUAUCCUGAUCCUGUCUGGAGCAGAACCUCUGGGAGAGUCACUUCCCAGGUCUUUGAAGUACUGUGACCUCCGGGUGAUAAGCUGCUCUUACCUGCAGAGAACCACCCUGGAGCAGGAGCUGGGCCUGGCUGCCUACCUGGUGAGGCAUGAGUCCCGAUUGCCUCAUAACCCUGGUCCAGGGAGUGACCUUCUGGAGAGUGAUGCUGAAAAACUCAGCAGCACUGACAACGAGGAGGAGGAGGGGCAAGAGAACGACGACUCCCCUCUGUCCAGUCAACAGCUCCAGGUGUGUCCAGAGGGUGGUGCUGUUGAGACUAUAUCUGUUCAAAACAUCACUUCCCCCAAGGUCCAGAGAGGGCAUGCUGAACUUGUUCAGACUCCUCCCAUUCUCUACACUCAGCCUCCAGCACAGAACCAGACCCAUCCUCAAGUACCAAGUCAUUCCCAAACCCAGCCCGUCUCAAAGCUUCAGUCACAGUCCCAGACUCAAACUCAGCCCACACCUCAGGUCUCUUCCCAAACAUUUAUCCCAAGUUCAGCCCAGAACACAAACAGCCAACCUGAAACAGGGCAAUCUCACCGGCAACCCUCCAAGUCAGCCUCCUCUGGCUCCCUGUCCCCGCGCUCUUGCUCUCCUCACCCAAACUGCUCAUGGGUGCGAGGCGUAAGCCGUCCGCCCUCAGUGCUCCUGCCUCGUGCUUUGUAUGACAUCAUAACGGCCAGUGACAGCAGCGGUCUUCCCCAGUGUACCUCAUUCCUGCCACAUAUGUCCGUGGCCUGGGCCAGCAGCUUCAGGCCUCUGCUGACUAAGAUGAUGACGUGUACAGAACAGUCUCUUUACUACCGUCAGUGGAGCGUCCCUCGCUCCUUCCACAUGGACAGUAACAAUCUGACUGGAGGGAGGAGUGACAACUUUCACCCCCGCAGGCUGCUCCUCAGUGGCCCCCCACAGGUGGGAAAGACCGGUGCCUACCUGCACUUCCUGGGUAUUUUGUCUCGGAUGCUGAUCCGGCUGAUGGAGGUGGACAUCUACGAUGAAGAGGACAUCAACUGGAGUGAACAGUCGGAGGCUGUUCAGUAUCAACUAUCAAAUGCACCCUGGCCCAGUCCAGACAUCAUGAGGACCAUGCCCUACGACUACACGGUCCAUGACCCCAAGUAUGAUGAUAUCAGUGCGGUGUACUGUCCUGGUUAUAGACCUGAUUCUGAAGGAAGUGCUGUGCGUCAGGAGGAUGUUUACCUACGCAGACGGACCACCAGGAUCAAACUGUCCAAAUAUGCAGCCCACAACACCUACCAUCACUGUGAACAGUGCCAUCAGUACCUGGGCUUCAACCCCAGAUACCAGAUGUACUCAGAGUCCAGUCUGCACCCUUUCACCUUCACUCACCUGCUGCUGGGGGAGGAGAUCCAACUUUACUUCAUUAUCCCCAAGUCCAAAGAGCACUACUUCAGCUUCAGCCAAUCAGGUGGCCAGCUGGAAGGCAUGAGGCUGCCGCUCAGCUCUGACUGGAGUCCAGACUGUAUCAAGAGUCCAAUCUUCACUCCAACCACCGGACGCCAUGAGCACGGUCUGUUCAACCUGUACCACGCCAUGGACGGAGCGUCACACCUGCACAUCCUGGUGGUGAAGGAGUAUGAAAUGGCUGUGUACAAGAAGUACUGGCCCAACCAUGUCAUGCUGGUGCUGCCCACUGUGUUCAACGCAGCCGGAAUAGGUGCAGCCCACUUCCUGAUUAAAGAACUUUCUUAUCACAACCUGGAGCUGGAGCGGAGUCGGCGUCUGGAGGGAGGGGGUCCAGUGGGGGAGGUCUGGCCCUUCAUCAUUCUGACUGAUGAUUCCUGUGUGAUGUUUAAUGCAGUCGACCUUGACACGCACAAUGGCCCAUCAGAACACGCCGUGUCACUGAAGCAGGUUCUACAGCACCUGGAAGCCUGUCCUGAUCUGGUCCAGUUUGGUCUGUGUGGGAUCAGGAAGUGGAGCAGCAGUGGAGCCAAGGGUCAGAGGGCAGAGAACAAACAGUGGGUUCCCUUCUCCAGAGGUCACCUUCACGACUUCCUGCUUCUUAACGUGGACCGCAGUCAGAACAUCCAGUACGACCAGAACCGGUUCACCUGUCAUGACGUGGACUUCAGCCUGAGGCUGCACAGCGCUGGUCUGCUGGUCUGCAGGUUCAACAACUUCAGUGUCAUGAAGAAGCAGAUCGCCAUAGGAGGAUACAGGACGUUUAUCAUCAAGACCAAGGUGACUGAUGUGCCCACGUCAGUGGGGCCCAGCCAGUACGUCUGUGCCCCAGACAGUAAGCACCUGUUCUUGGCCUCACCUGCUCAGCUGCUCCUGGAGAAAUACCUCCAACACACCAGCCACAAACUGUUUCCCUUCAGCUGCAGAAACUACAUACGACCAGUGCUGUCUGUGGACUGUUACCUCAACCUGGGACCUGAGGUGACGGUGUGUUUUGUCAGUUCCAGACCUCACUCUGUCAACAUCAGUACCACAGGGAUGCUGUUCAGUGGUCUGCUCCUCUGUUUCACCGACUCCUUUGUGACGGCAAACUUUCUGAAGAAGUUCACCUUCCUCAAAGGUGCCACCCUGUGUGUGAUCAGUGCAGACCGUAGCUCACUCAGACAGACGGUCAGCAGGCUGGAGCUGGAGGAGGAGUGGAGGUUCAGGCUGAGUGACGAGUUCCAGACGGCCAACGCCAAGGAGGACCGACCUCUCUUCUUCUUGACAGGGAAACACAUAUGAGAGUUGGCAUAUUGACCAGGUUUUCAAAGACGGUCCUGGAAAAUGCAGGGUAUUAAAAGUACUUUAGGCUAAGAGUAGACACUGGUGGACACACACACACAGACGUUAUAAAAUAAAUCUUAGUCAUGAGGUCUGGAAGACAUCUUUGAAGUACUUGAUGUCCAGUAUCUUUGAGGAAACUUCCAGGAGUUCCCACAGCUGAUGGUGGAAACUUUAAAUAAAAUCAUUGUUUGUUUGUUUUUUACCGAGUUAAAAGAACUGAUCUGACUUUUGUCAGAGGUCUGUCUGUGUAUAAUGCUACCAUUAAGUUUGCAUACAUUAUUUUCAAGGGAAAUUAUUUGUAAAUGGUUGUUUUAUACUGUGUAUUUUCUGAAACACUGUUAUAUAUCAAAGUACUUAUUUUACUGAUGACCUUUGAACCACAAUGGUUUUAUUGCUGUGUCGACAGAGUGUACACUUUUUUUACAUGGAAAUGUUCAAAUGUACAGAGACCGUGGAGUCAUGUCACUUUGACCUCUGGCGUUUGCUGUGACCUUUCCGGGACACGGUAGAAAAGACUGUCGAGGACUGAUCCGUUAGUUGUCCUCAGUCGCGUGUGCAUUUUCUACUGUAGUUAAUUGUUUCUGAGACUGUUUAAAAAUGCUGCAGAUUUUCGAAUAAUCCUGAACCAAACAUGUUAAAAAGUUGUUUUGUUUUUGUUAUUUAAUGUGUUGAGGCGCCUCGUUUUACGGCUCUUUUAUGACAUCGGGUAGUUACUUAGAUUACUACGUUUACGAUAAAUCCAACAGCCAUGUUACGUGACAUCAAAAAAAAAAAAAAACAGGUCAGAUGGACGUGUGUCUAAAGGCGGGUUUAUUUGAAAAGAAAAUGAAUGUCUUUAAAAAAAAAAACAACUUCGUCCACUUGCUCUCGAUGUGACUAUUUUUGGACAACAUUAAACGUUAGCUUGUUAGCCAGCUGGUUAGAUCCAUGUCCCCUAAAACAUCACAGUCUUCAUUAACGCUGCUGCAUCACAAUAACAUAGGCAAACAAUGCAACAAACAGGAAGACCUUUUUUUUACCCUCAGGCUGCUUCUCUGGUCAACACCCAGUAAACUAUACGUUUUAGUGAAUGCACGUCUAAUCUGGUGUUUUUUUAAACCUAACAGAGUACUCCCAGAGGAACUACAUACUUGGUGUCUGCAGGAGGCAGCCUGUCGCAACAGAUCUGUCGUUAACACAAGAAUUUACCAAAAAAUAUGCGAUCAAUAAAGUUAGAAUAUCUUCAAAUAAUUAUUAAUUAUUAUUAAUUAUC